GCUGUGGUUCCUCUGGGGCUGUGACAGCGACUUCCCGGAGGGUGAAGGCUCCGCUGCCCGCCGUCUGACAGCCCCAGGCCGCCGCUAUGGCGUCGUACGGGCUUCUCAAAAGCUUUCUCUUCGAGUACGGGACUCCCCGCAUCGUCCUGAUCCGCAGCCGCAAAGUGGGGCUCAUCAACCGCGCCGUGCAGAUCGCAAUCCUCGCCUACGUGAUCGGCUGGGUGUUUCUGUGGGAGAAGGGCUACCAGGAAACAGACUCUGUGGUCAGUUCUGUAACCACAAAGGUGAAAGGAGUAACACUGACAAACACAUCUGCCUUGGGAACCAGGAUCUGGGAUGUAGCUGACUAUGUAAUCCCUCCUCAGGAGGAGAACACUGUGUUUGUCAUGACCAAUGUGAUACUCACACCAAACCAGACUCAAGGCUACUGCCCAGAGCUUCCAGAUGAUAAAACAGUGUGCACAGAAAACAUCAGCUGUGUUCCAGGAUAUGUCAGCAUCCACGGCAAUGGCAUCCAGACUGGGAAGUGUGUACCAUACAACAGCAGCAUUAAUACCUGCGAGGUCUUUGCAUGGUGCCCUGUGGAGGAUGAUCAUCAGAUACCCAAGCCAGCAUUCCUACGAGAAGCUGAGAACUUUACCAUUCUGGUGAAGAACAACAUUUGGUACCCCAAGUUCAACUUCAGCAAGAGAAACAUCCUCCCCACUAUCAACUCCACCUACCUCAAGAACUGCAUCUAUGACUCCCACACAGAUCCUUUCUGCCCCAUCUUUCGUUUAGGGAAAAUAGUUGAAGCUGCAGGACAGAACUUCCAGGAAAUGGCUGUGGAGGGUGGAGUCAUGGCACUGCAGAUCAACUGGAACUGCAACCUUGACAGAGCUGCUUCCCACUGCCUGCCCCGCUACUCCUUCCGUCGCCUGGACAACAAGGACUCUGCUAACACUGUCUCACCUGGCUACAACUUCAGGUUUGCAAAAUACUACAAGGAUAGCAGUGGCACUGAGUCACGGACACUUGUCAAAGCUUAUGGCAUCCGCUUUGAUAUCAUAGUGUUUGGAAAGGCAGGAAAAUUUGAUGUAAUUCCUACCAUGAUUAACAUCGGCUCAGGCGCAGCGCUGUUUGGUGUGGCAACAGUGCUGUGUGACAUUGUUGUGCUGUACUGCAUGAAGAAGAAAUACUACUAUCGGGAGAAGAAGUACAAGUAUGUGGAGGAUUAUGAACUGGGAGUCAAUGAGACGUAUGGAACAAACCCCUGACCUCCUGCUGCCACAGCACCAACUGCUGCUGUGAACAUUACACUGACCCUGCCAUGAGACCCAUCCCCUCUUCGUUGGAAGGAAAGGGGGAAUAAACCUGAGAAAGGGACUUUCUUCACUGCUCUUUGCUACUUUGGUAGGCUGGAGCCAACCCCUAAGAGAACUGGGUCUGUUCCUUGUCUGCUCUCUUUCCAGAUUAUUUGCACUAAGCACACUGGGACAGUUGUGCUUUUAUGCCAGGCCUCUGCAUGGUGUAAGCCUGGGCCAGGGACUGCUCCAACACUCAUGUUUUGACAGUCCUCCUUUCCUCGUGCUUACAGGGUGACAAGCACAGAUUCUUCCUUACAGUGAACAUGGCCCCUGCCAGGUGUUGCCUAACCCUGGCAGAGCAACUCUUUGAUUUUGUCAGUCAUUUUUCUUGCCCUGAUGGAUUGUGAUGUUUAGCUGAGCCUGUGCCUACUAUUUAUCUCCAAGCUCCAGUGGCCAUAGACUGAGACAAACCAGUGUCUGGUUCCAUUGUGCUAUGGUAGAUGCCUUAAUGGUUUCAGUUUGGUCUGAUUUUUAUGGUACUAUAAAAUUUACUUGCUUUUUAAUAAAGUAUCACUCUCAGCCUUCAUGGAGUCCUA